AACCGGACGUCGCAAAUUUUUAGUAUCUCAAUUUCAUUGAAAAUACAAAUAUAUGUGUUUUACUACUGUAAAUGACACUUUGCUGGUAAAUUAAUAAUAAGAUGAAUCAGAUGACAAGCAAAGCUUCCUCAAACGUACUUUCGUGGACAAUAAAAUCCGGCGAAUCCAAAAAGGCUUAGAGGUUUUUGGAUUCCCCCCAUUGUAAAUUUGUGAUUCAUCCAGCACUGAGCUGCCCAGUUCAGCUGGACGGUGGGGGUGUAGUUAGAAAAGGGGGAAGUUCAUGUUUAGAUCUGGAAAAUUACAGUAUGGAAGAUGGAGGUCGGAUAACGUCACGUGCAACUGGGAACCGUUCCAAGUUCACUGGGACACACAGGGCAGAGAAGUCCGACACCCAUGACGUAAUGCAUUCGGGUAGGACAACAACGGAAAUUCUCGAAAAAGAGAUGUAUGGCGAACACGUGACGAAAAAUGAUGACAAAAUGAACAAUUCCCUUGAUAAAUUGUCUGAUGAUGAAACUGAUGGACCAGUGUUGAAUGGUGAAAAUAAAAGACUUAGAAUUAGGAAGAAAAUAUUGACACAAGUUAGAGAGCAUGAUCUUCCUUCUCACAAUAAAGACAAUGACAACGUUAAGGAUAGAUUAAACCCUCAGUCUGGCAAGGAUGCAGUAGUGAAACCCAGUUCUGAAGAAAAGGGCACAUUUAGAUCACUUGGCAAUGAAGAUAAGGAACAGGAAGAUGAGGAAACUGAAGACAUGCCUCAACAACUGCCCAAGAAUUUCAAAAAGGAUUUUUCACUGUUUCGAUAUUUAAAAAUGGAAAUGACAAGAGGCCAUCUCUUUGAAGAACGUGAAGGAAGAUACCUGGAGCAAAGAGAGAAGGUUUACACCUUCAUGAAAACACCAAGAGAAUUAGAAAAGCUAAUGUGGUUCGGCUUCUUACUUUGCUUGGAUUGCUUCCUGUUUGUCUUCACGUAUCUUCCCAUACGUGUCCUGGGAGCUGUAUUGCAGCUGCUUGCAGGCAUUGUUUCUUUAAAGUUUCUCAGAACAAGGCAACCAAUAUUGGAAUCACAUCAGAUUUGUGACUUACUACGUGGUCUUGUUCUUUUUGUGUGCUGUGCUGCGAUGGAGAACCUUGAUCUUUCUAUAUUGUAUCAUAUUGUUCGUGGACAAUCAGUCAUCAAGUUAUAUGUUAUCUAUAACAUGUUAGAUAUUGCUGAUAGACUUUUCUCCUCCAUUGGUCAAGAUACUUUGGAUGCUCUGUUUUGGACAGCAGUUGAAGCACCAGAAAAAAGGAGCAUUCUUAUGAUCCUACUUCAUUUUGGCUUAGCCUCUCUCUAUGUCUUUUUGCACGCGGUGUUGGUUCUCUUUCAAACCAUAACUCUAAAUGUUGCAAUUAAUUCCCAUAACAAGGUUCUGAUGGUCGUGAUGGUGUCAAAUCAGUUUGUAGAAUUGAAAGGAAGCGUUUUCAAGAAAUUUGAGAAGAAUAAUCUUUUUCAAAUGUCAUGCGCAGAUAUCAGAGAAAGAUUUUAUUACAUCGUCCUGGUCUCGCUGGUGAUUCUCAGGAACAUGCACGAACUUCAGUGGGACAUAGAUCAUUUUUACGAGCUGCUUAUGUCCGCUACAUUGUUACUCUCCUCUGAAGUCUUCGUAGAUUGGGUUAAACACGCCUUCAUCACGAAGUUCAACUGCAUCUCGAGCGAGGUGUACAGAGAAUACAGAGAACUGCUGGCCGUGGACGCAACAACGAGUAGAUUGAUUGGACAGAGUGCUAUUUCCGAACAUUUUGAUUUGGUAUCGCGGCGUCUCGGUUUUAUUCCCUUGCCUCUGGGAUGUUUGGUGUACCGCGUGACGAGUCAGUCUAUUAAACUCAGUGGAAAGUUUGGCGUUGUAUCGCUAAUCUUACUGUAUUUGUGGUUGACGUCACUAAAAGUGCUGAACAGCAUCAUUCUCCUCGGAUUAUCGAGUAAUUACGUCUUAAACAUGACGUCAUCAAACGAUGCGGAAAAGCAAAGCGAACCAACUUGUGCAAGCCCCGAUGUGCUUUUUCCCACUUCGGAUCCUUUGAAUAGAGGAGCCAAGAAGAAGGGGAAUGCGUGUAAAACACGUCAAGUCAAAGCACUUAAUGAGAUAGAUCGUUAUACAUUAUGCAGUAAUCGUAUCGUUUGAUAAACACAAUGAAUUUAUAUACAGUUAUUUUGUAAAGAAAACAGUGUUGUAUUAUAUAGUUUGUGGUCACUUAACGCCAUUAUAUUUAUUCGCACUGUGCGAAAAUAUUUCAAGUAAAAUAAAUCUCCUGGCAAACACGCAAAA